AUGACCGCUACUGCUAUCCCUCCGGGUGCUGCUCCGCCCACGGUGCUUCCCAGAGGAUUGAACCCAGCCGGUUACAAAUAUCAAGAUGGAUUUGGUGAUGGGCUUAAUUCUAAAGCUCCCUUGGCCGAAACUCGUUCAACUCCAACAAUCUUGGAUAUUCGCCAAAACGAGAUAAAAUUCUCCAUUCGGGAUGAUAUGCUACAGCAACUGCAACCUUCGGGUGGACAAGAGAAGAAAUUACCAACCCUGCUUCUCUAUGAUGAGGCAGGCUUGAAACUUUUUGAACAAAUCACAUAUCUGGAGGAAUACUAUCUCACUAAUGCGGAGAUUGAAGCUUUGGAGAAACAUGCAGACCGCAUCGCUGAGCGUAUCGCUCCGGACUCUGUAAUGGUCGAAUUGGGAAGUGGAAAUCUUCGCAAGGUCAAUAUCCUUCUGAGCGCGAUUGAUCGCAAAGCGAAGCAUGUACAAUACUAUGCGCUCGACCUUUCUCUUCCAGAGCUUCAACGCACGCUUUCUGCUAUUCCGGAAGACAAGUACCGUCAUGUAAAAUGCUGUGGAUUGCUCGGUACUUACGACGAUGGGCUUGUCUGGCUACAAAAACAGGAGAAUGCAAACAAGCCAAAGGCAAUUCUGUCUUUGGGCUCAAGUGUGGGAAAUUUUUCCCAUGGAGAAGCAGGAGACUUUUUGCGCCGCUUUGCCCUCACCAUGGGUGAAAAAGACUGUAUGCUCCUCGGACUUGAUGCUUGCGUGAAUAGCUCGCGAGUCUACCAUGCAUAUAAUGACCGCCACGGUCUCACUCAUCAGUUCAUCCUAAAUGGCCUCAACCACGCCAAUCAAGUUCUAGGUAAAGAAAUAUUCAGGGUUGAGGAUUGGCAGGUAAUCGGAGAGUUUGAUGAAGCAGCACGACGCCACCAAGCCUUCGUCUCGCCCCGCAAGGAUGUGUCAAUCGAACAAAUUCAAAUAAAGGCGGGCGAAAGGCUUCGAAUCGAAGAAAGUUACAAGUAUCCCCGAGAAAUAAGGGAAAAAUUAUUCGAUCACGCAGGUCUUUGUGAGAGGGCAACGUGGACCAAUGACGAUGGUGACUAUGGCAUACACAUGCUCUGUGUUCCCCGUUUCUCUUACCAUCUGAACCCAGAACAAUAUGCAGCUUCGCCUGUGCCAUCUCUCGCCGAUUGGGAGGGUCUUUGGGCUGCCUGGGAUACGGUCGUCAGGCGAAUGCUCCCGGGGGAGGAAUUGCAUUCCAAACCGAUCAAGCUUCGCAAUGCUUGCAUCUUCUAUCUUGGACAUAUACCCACGUUUCUUGACAUUCACCUUACCCGGGCAACCGCCGAGGCGCCAACUGAGCCAAGUUACUAUCGAGAAAUUUUCGAAAGAGGAAUUGAUCCAGAUGUAGACAAUCCAGAACAAUGCCAUGCCCACAGCGAAAUCCCAGACACAUGGCCAGCCGCGAAGGAGAUCAUUGGCUACCAGAACCGUGUGCGCGAGCGAGUAGAUCGAUACUACAAGCGCAACCUUGCCCAGACUAACCGUCAUCUUGGCCGUUCUCUUUGGCUUGGAUUCGAGCACGAGGCAAUGCAUCUUGAAACUCUCCUCUAUAUGCUUUUGCAAAGCGAGAAAACUCUCGCUCCUCCCGAAGCUGUCAGGCCCGAUUUCGAAGCUAUGGCCCGCAUUGCUGAGCAGAACGCCGUUCCUAAUCAAUGGGUAUCUAUUCCAGAGCAAGAGUUUACGGUUGGGAUCCAUGAUCCGGAGUGCGAUUCUGGCCCUGAGCGUUUCUUUGGCUGGGACAACGAAAAGCCUCCAAGGCUUGUCCGCGUGCCCGCUUUCGUCUCUCAGGCGAGGCCCAUCACAAACGGCGAAUACGCAGCCUUUCUCGAGCAAACUCAAAAUUUUGAUAUACCAGUCUCGUGGUCAGAGACAUCCAAAUACAUCCCUGCUAAUGGCAACUUAAAGGAGACUAUAAACGAUUCUCGGCCACAGUCCGAUAUUCUGCCACGUCCGAGCGCUGCCUUCAUGCAUGGGAAAAGCGUCAGGACUGUAUAUGGAUCGAUUUCCCUUUCUCUUGCACUUAGCUGGCCCGUCAUGGCGUCGUACAAUGAAGUUGCGUCAUACGCUGCUUGGAUGAACGGCAGAAUCCCAAACAUGGAGGAAGUGCGGAGUAUCUAUAACUAUGCUGAGGAAGUGGAGCGCCUUGAAGCUGAAAAGGUUCUCUCCAAAACGAUUUCAGCAGUGAAUGGGCAUCUCUCAAAUGACGGUGUGGAGGAGACACCACCACAAUCUCCUUCUCGUAACGAACUCUCCAGCACCGAGCCUCGUCCCAACUCGCAACAAUAUUUCCGCAAUCUCGAAGGCUGUAAUGUCGGAUUCAGGAACUGGCAUCCGACCGCUGUAACACAUCUAGGCAACAAGCUCUGUGGUCAAGGCGCAGCCGGCGGCGUGUGGGAAUGGACGAGCUCUGUGCUGGAGAAGUUUGAUGGAUUCGAGGCCAUGCCUUCGUAUCCUGGAUAUACAGCCGACUUCUUUGACACAAAACAUAAUAUUGUACUUGGAGGAUCCUGGGCCACACAUCCUCGCAUUGCCGGUAGAAAAUCCUUUGUCAAUUGGUACCAACGCAACUAUCCCUAUGUAUGGGCCGGUGCGCGGCUGGUCAGAGAUGUCUAA